ACGUUUCAGCCUCCAUCCAUUCUCGGUGUUUAUUCGAACUUUUUAAGUUCAUCGAAAUGUAAUGAUUUUCCGCCAAUUGCAGAUCCUGUUCCAACUCUCAAAAUCUACCAGCCAUCUUCUCCAGCUCCGUUCUCUGCUCCUCAAAACUGGAUUCGACCACGACGCGUACUACGCCUCGCAGUUCCUGCUUUCCGCUUGCUUGGUUUCUGUCAAUUUCGCGAGAUUCGUCUUUGAUAGCUUACCCAUCUCUCCUCCUCUGUUUGCUUGGAACACAAUCAUCAGAGCGUACUCGAAGAGCUCAGUUCCAAUUGAAUCGGUGAAUUUGUUCUCCCAGCUUCAAAGGGUUGGGCUUAAGCCCGAUAAUUUCACGUAUCCUUUUGUCAUUAAGGCUUGCGGGCUCUGUUUGAUGGCAGGGCAAGGAGGGGCGAUGCAUUCUUUGAUUGUGAAGACGGGUUUUGAUUCGGAUAAGUAUAUAGGGAACACCCUUGUGAGGAUGUACGCUGCUUGCAGUGCAAUUGGGUUUGCAAGGAAGGUGUUUGAUGAAAUGACUCAGAGAGAUGUGGCUUCUUGGAGCUCGAUGAUUGCAGGAUACGUUUCUUGCUACUGCCCAUUCGAUGCCUUAACAGUGUUCCAACAGAUGAAGCUGGUAAAUGAAAAACCGAACUCCGUUACUUUGGUAAGCUUGCUCUCUGCUUGUACUCAUCUGUUCAAUAUCAGCAUGGGGGAGUCCAUCCAUUCAUAUAUUAUUGUUAAUGGCAUAAGAUUGGAUAUUGCUCUAGGAACAGCCCUUCUUGAGAUGUAUUCUAAGUGUGGGCAUAUAGACAAAGCUUUCCAAGUGUUUAAUUCGAUGAGUGAGAAGAACUUGCAGUCGUGGACAGUAAUGAUUUCUGGCCUUGCAGAUCAUGGCUGCGGGGAGGAUGCUAUUUCUUUGUUUAACCAGAUGGAACAGACUGGCCUGAAACCCGACAGUGUGUCAUUUUCUGGGAUCUUAUCAGCUUGCAGCCACUUGGGUCUUGUUGAUGAGGGCCGUAGGUAUUUUGAUUGGAUGGUGAGAACAUAUGAUGUCAAACCAACAAUGGAGCACUAUGGAUGCAUGGUGGAUUUGCUUGGAAGAGCUGGGUUGGUUGAGGAAGCCUAUGAGAUCAUUAAGAACAUGCCUAUUGAACCUAACUCAGUUAUAUUGAGAAGCUUCUUGGGUGCUUGUAAGAACCACAAUCAGGUUCUUUGCAUAGAUGACAACUUGAGGGAACUUCUUCUGAAAAUAGAACCUGGCCUUGGAGCCAAUUAUGUCCUUGCUGCUAGUGUAUUUUCUUUAUCUGGCUCUUGGGGUUAUGCGGCUGACCUAAGAGUAGCCAUGAAAGACAUGGGCUUGAAGAAGGUUCCAGGGUGUAGUUGGGUGGAAUUUAAUGGUGGUUCUGCAGAAAAGCUCAUAAAAGAUGGCGCAAUAUGAUUUUUUGAUUCUUCUGGUCUGCGGAAUCAUUAUGCACAAUUUGGUGCAUUAUACACGGAGUGGUGACUCCAGGAACGCAAACGGGUUAUAGGAGUGAUUGGUUGCUAGUAACUACUGUUGUGGUGUAUUGGUGAUAUGCGCACGAGUUUGUAUAAAUUUUGGUGUGUAGCAAAAUCUUCCAGAUUUGGUGAAUCUCUGCAGAAGCUAUUGACGAGGCUUGAAUUUUUAACUUUCACUUGAACUAAAAAUUGUUUCCCGCCAGAAACAUGGUAAAGAAGAAUAACAGGAAGCCCAUGUUUUACCCGACUGAAAAUUGAACUUGGUGUAUAUCCAGUUAAUCCAAAUUUUAAGUUGUGUAAUGCAGUAAGUUGCUACAAGCUGAUCUUAUUCUGCAUGUGAACGCUAUUUGUCAUUCUUCAUUUUUAUAUCACAUUUUCUAACAUAGUUGUGACCACAUGAGUCAUGGCUCCAGAAUUCACUGCACAAAGUUGUCAUUUGACAAUACAGUAAUGUUCAGAUGACUUGCUUUUCCACUAAAGUUUUGGAGUUGAUGUUGAUCCAUGAUCCACGUCAUGAAGUGGCAUGGCUUCAUUGGUAAUUGGUUGAACCGAGGAGGCAUGAACUGGAUGGCAGUGUUCUUCAUCACAUGCCUUCACAUGGGAGAGUUAGAUUUCGACUUUAGGUUAAAGAACAAUACCCUGUCAUAAAAAUGCAGCAUAAAGUCACACUCUACAGAAAGUCUGUCCUCAAACUAAAGUGCAUGAGUCCAACAGAAAAAACAAGGACAUUCAUUCAUUUAGUAUAUUUUGCCUCAACAUUUACUCUCUCCUGCAGUCCUUUUGAGCAACAAUCAGCUCUCUCUCCCUAUCCCUCUCUCUCUCUCUCUCUCUCUCUCUCUCUCUCUCUCUCUCUCUCUGAUGGCUUCAGGAAGAACUUCAACUUUCAUUUUAACAGAGCAAUGGUGGAUAAUGGUAGCUAUGGUGUUCUUAUGUGCAUUCUUUGCUUACAUAGUUUAUGAUGCAAUUAUGGUAACUGCAGCUGACCUCUUGCGCCGUUUACUAGUGGUAUCGCCUUUGCUUCUGGUCAUUGCUGUUCACUGGCUCUCUUCUUUUUCACCUUCAAGCCAACUAAGCUUUCUGGUUCCCGGUUCUGAGCCAGGAGCCAUUCAUCGAGCUGGGGGUUCACCAUGGGGUUUAACCGUUGUGCUUGUUCUCCUUCUUGUUCUCAUAUCUUACCAGCCCUCGUUACUUGGAUUCAUCUUCUAGCUUUUCCUAAUUACAUUCCCCUCUCCAAUGAAUAGUGCAGUGUAAUUUCUCCAAUUUCGUUUAGUUUUUCUCUUGUACUUUGGUUUUUCCUGUGGAAGGGAAAAUUAUUUGUAUGGUAUGGACAUAUUAGUAUGCUAUGAAUUGAAUGAGCUUAUUGCCAUUGAUUCA